GGUGGUGGUGUCGGGGAGACGAAGGUGAUUUACCACCUGGAUGAAGAGGAGACUCCCUACCUGGUGAAGAUUCCGGUCCCCGCUGAGCGCAUCACCCUCGGAGAUUUCAAGAGCGUCCUGCAGCGGCCCGCGGGCGCUAAGUACUUUUUCAAGUCUAUGGAUCAGGAUUUCGGGGUGGUGAAGGAAGAAAUUUCAGAUGACAAUGCCCGCCUUCCCUGCUUCAAUGGAAGGGUAGUCUCCUGGCUUGUGUCAUCAGAUAACCCUCAACUCGAGAUAGCUCCCCCAGCCCAGGAGCCUCGGACAGAACUGGCGCCACCAACGCCACCAUUACCCGCUUUGCCACCAGAGAGGACCAGUGGCAUUGGGGACUCCAGACCUCCAUCCUUCCACCCUAAUGUGUCCAGCAGCCGGGAAAAUCUGGAACCUGAGACAGAAACAGAGUCAGUAGCAUCUCUAAGGCGGGAGCGGCCUCGCAGGAGAGACAGCAGUGAGCAUGGCGCUGGGGGCCACAGGCCCAGUGGCCCCUCGAGGCUGGAGCGCCACUUGGCCGGGUACGAGAGUUCUUCAACCCUCAUGACCAGCGAGCUGGAAAGCACCAGCCUGGGGGACUCUGACGAAGACGACACCAUGAGUAGGUUCAGCAGCUCCACGGAGCAGAGCAGUGCCUCUCGCCUCCUCAAGCGCCACCGGCGGCGGAGGAAACAGCGGCCACCUCGCCUGGAGAGGACCUCAUCCUUCAGCAGCGUUACUGAUUCCACCAUGUCUCUCAACAUCAUCACAGUCACACUCAAUAUGGAGAAGUACAACUUCCUGGGCAUCUCCAUUGUGGGCCAAAGCAAUGAGCGGGGAGACGGGGGCAUCUACAUCGGCUCCAUCAUGAAGGGUGGGGCCGUGGCAGCUGAUGGGCGCAUCGAGCCAGGGGACAUGCUUUUGCAGGUGAAUGACAUGAACUUUGAGAACAUGAGCAACGACGACGCGGUGAGGGUGCUGAGAGACAUUGUGCAUAAGCCAGGCCCCAUCGUGCUGACUGUGGCCAAGUGCUGGGAUCCCUCUCCCCAGGCCUAUUUCACUCUCCCCCGAAAUGAGCCCAUCCAACCAAUUGACCCCGCUGCCUGGGUCUCCCACUCCGCAGCACUAACUGGCACCUUCCCAGCCUAUCCAGGCUCCUCGUCCAUGAGCACCAUUACAUCUGGGUCCUCUUUGCCUGAUGGCUGUGAGGGCCGAGGUCUCUCCAUCCAUACAGACAUGGCAUCUGUGACCAAGGCCAUGGCAUCUCCAGAGUCUGGACUGGAAGUUCGGGACCGCAUGUGGCUCAAGAUCACCAUCCCUAAUGCCUUUCUGGGUUCGGAUGUGGUCGAUUGGCUCUACCAUCAUGUGGAGGGCUUUCCUGAGCGGCGGGAGGCCCGAAAGUAUGCCAGCGGGCUGCUCAAGGCGGGCCUUAUCCGGCACACCGUAAACAAGAUCACUUUCUCUGAGCAGUGCUAUUAUGUCUUUGGAGACCUCAGUGGCGGCUGUGAGAGUUAUCUAGUCAAUCUGUCUCUGAACGAUAAUGACGGCUCCAGUGGGGCUUCGGACCAGGACACCUUGGCUCCUCUCCCUGGGGCCACCCCCUGGCCCCUGCUGCCCACCUUCCCCUACCAGUACCCAGCCCCACACCCAUACAGCCCUCAGCCUCCACCCUACCAUGAGCUCUCUUCCUACACCUAUGGUGGAGGCAGUGCCAGCAGCCAGCACAGUGAAGGGAGCCGGAGCAGUGGGUCCACACGAAGCGAUGGGGGGGCAGGGCGCACAGGGAGGCCUGAGGAGCGGGCCCCUGAGUCCAAGUCUGGCAGCGGCAGUGAGUCCGAGCCCUCCAGCCGGGGGGGCAGCCUUCGGCGGGGUGGGGAACCUGGUGGGACUGGUGAUGGGGGCCCUCCCCCUUCCAGGAGCUCAUCAGGGGGUGCUCCCAAUCUCAGAACCCACCCAGGGCUUCAUCCCUAUGGACCACCCCCUGGUAUGGCCCUCCCCUAUAACCCCAUGAUGGUGGUCAUGAUGCCUCCCCCCCCCCCUCCUGUCCCUCCAGCAGUACAGCCCCCAGGGGCCCCUCCAGUCAGAGACCUAGGUUCAGUGCCCCCAGAGCUGACAGCCAGCCGCCAAAGCUUCCACAUGGCCAUGGGCAACCCCAGUGAGUUCUUUGUGGAUGUUAUGUAGAACCAACAGUGUCCCAUGUUGAAUCUCCACCCUUGGCCUCUCCAGUCAGUGCCUGGUACUCCUGUGAUUGGGUGUCUGUCAGUUAUGUGCUCGUUACUCCUCCAGUGGUGCCUGGGUGCCUAGGCUCAGCCUGUCCUGUGGCUGCUGCCUACUGUGAGGUUACCACUGUGACUCUUGCCAGCAGUGCCUGGUUCCUUCCCCUUUCCUCAGGGGUGUACAAGGGGCCUUUGGUUAUUUUUAGCUUUUUUUUUUUUUUUGUAAGCCUUUUUCGGGAUUAAAAUAGAUUUUUCUACAUUUUUUAGGCUAUUUUUUUAGUAGGUAUUUCUCUUUUAUAUGAAGAACCCCUGUCUCCCGGGCCCCUUCUUUUAACCCCAAAAUGUGACCUCAUUUGCCCAGUCAGCUCUGACCUGCUACCCUGGAAGGAAGAGAGGGGUUGGUCACCCUUGACAGCAGUCAAAGGAAGCUGGGGUAUUUGGUAUUUGGGGGCCAUGUAGCUGCUUUUGUUACUCUAUUUAUUUUAGUCACUUGUAUAAAACACCAAAUAAAGCAAUAGGGGCAAACUC